AUGAUAAGAGAAGAAGAUUUUAAUAAUAUAAAUAAAAUAAUCAGCAAUGCAAUGCAUAGCAGCAGUAGUACAAAUAAUACAGAGGAAGAUUUUUCAGAUACAAGCAGUGUUGUAUUUGAUGAAGAAUUAAUAAAUAUAGAAAACAAUAUACCGCAACAUUUAUCCCAUGAUGAAGCAUCAUUAAAAAAGGAAAGAAUGAGGCAACAAACUGUUGUAGAAUUUGUAAAAACAGAGGCAAAUUAUGUUAGAGAUUUAAAAUUAAUUACCAAGCUUUAUAUUGAACCAAUCAGAACUCUUAUUGAUUUAAGACAAUAUCAAGAUGUAUUUAGUUGCACUGAAGAUAUUUUAAAAUACCACAAAGAAAUUAUUCAUCAAUUAGAAGGAAUUCCCAAUAGACCUCCACAUUUACAAAAUAUUGGUGCUGUUUUAAUUCCAUUUUUUGAUAGUUUUGAUUAUUUAAAUCUUUAUAAAGAAUUUUGUACAUAUCAGAAUUCAUGGAGUGACUCUUUAGAUAAAUUAAAAUCAACAUCUAAAAUUGUAUCACAGCAUAUUGAGACAGCAGAAAAGAAUUAUUUAAAUAGAGGUUUAUCAUUCUCAAUGUUAAUAAUAAAACCAAUUCAAAGAAUCACCAAGUAUCCUUUAUUAUUAAAAUCACUAAUAGAAAAUACACCACAUGAACAUAUGGAUUAUAAUUCAAUUACUUUUUGUUAUGAUAAAAUAACUCAAGUAUUGGAGGAAGUUAACUAUCAAAAGAAAUUAGCUGAUGAAAGAAUUGAAAAUGAAAAGAAAAUUAAAGAAAUAGAACAAUCUUUAUGUCCUCAAGAUUUAAAAUUAGUUAAAUCAACAAGAAAAUUUAUAAAAGAAGGUUUAGUUGCAAAAAAAAUUGAUAGAAGUGAAUUAUUAAGGUGUAUAUUGUUUAGUGACCUAUUAAUUUUAGCAAAAAAUAAAAAAACAAAUUCAACUGUAAAAUUAAAUAUCAAUUUGGAAAAUUGCCUCGUUAGAGAUUCAAUUGACUCAUUACCAGGUUAUAAAGAAGGUUUCGAAAUGUUGUUACUUAAUGAGAAAAAAGAAAAAAUUAUUGGUUUAUAUUUUAAAAAUGAAGAAGAGAAAAAGGAAUGGUUCACUUUGAUUUCACAAUUAGUUGGAGGAAAUAUUGAUGCUACAAAACAAAAUAGAUAUAGUUGGUUUACAAAAAAAAACUCCAAUUAUUUAACAAGCAGCACUAACUCGAGCAUCUCAAUGUCAUCACUUUCUUCUACUUCCAUUGAUAUCUCAAUGUCACCAUCACCCUAUAGUUCAAGUUUAAAUACAAGUAAAGAAAGCUCACCCAAUCUUGAAUCACCAUCAUUUGCAAACAAACAAAAUCAACAACAAAAAUACCAACAACCAAAUACAAUAUCACUAAAUUCCACAACUCCAAAUAGCGGAAGUCUAAGAGAUGGUAGAAAACCACCACCACCACCCAAUGUAAAAGAUAUAUUUGGUUUUAAACCCCCAUCACCAGGCCCAUCACCAAACUCCACACUUACUCCAUCACAAAUUGAUCAAAUAUCACCAACUUUUCACAGCACGACUGUACCAUCAUCAUCAAAUUUUUCAAGAGCCAGCUCAGUUCCAUCAUUUUAUAAUUUAGAUGUGGACCCAUCUUCCAGACAUAGUGCGAGAAGAAUGCCUCAAACUAUUUCAUCGAUUCCUAUGUCAGAAAUGGAUGCAUCAUCACAAUUACCACAAAUAGUGCAACCAACCAAUGGUAAAGCAAAUAGACCCCCACCACCACCAAGAAAUCAAAGCCCAUAUAACACUCUUAACCAAUCAAUCGACUCUUCCAAUGAAUAUUCAUCUGCAAUAACUCCGCGCUCCGAAUAUACCCACUCCAACCCAUCUUCUGGUAUUAAUACACCAUUAUCAUCUAGCAGUGAAUAUAUGUCAAUAAAAAAUUCAAACUCAAAAUCCUUUAAUAAUCUGUUACCACCACCACCUUUAACCCUACCACCUUUAAUAAAUAAAAGUACAAGCUCAUCAAAUAUAAAUUCAACAAAUAUUCAUUCUUCGCUUGAUGUAUCUUCAAAUGUGCCACCAUUACCCCCAGGAAGACCUAAAGGAAACAGCCCUGUUUUGCUACCUCCCCCACCUCCAAUUGAUUGCAGCCACCUACCUCCCAUAUCAUAUGAUGUAAUAAUGCUACCCCCUCCUCCAAUCGCAACUGAUUUAUUUGACUCGCUACCCCCUCCCCCAAUCGAUGCUUUUAGUUUACCCCCUCCCCCACCAGAAAUAGACUCAAUACCAAUCCCCUCACCAAAUAUAACCCCAUUAAUGCAACUACCACCUCCAGUAAUGCAACCACCACCACAAACAACCCCACCAUCAACACUAAUGAGAGCCAAAUCACCUGCAAAUAAACCAGCCGUUGCUCCAAGAAAUAAAUCACCUGUUACAAUAACAAACUGCCCCACACCUAAUAAUAAUACAAACGCCAUUAAAAAUAAUAACACUGCAGCAAAUCCAAAUAAUAAUAUUAAUAAUAAUGCAUAUUUAAUAAAUAAUAUAACUAAUAAUCCACAUGUUUUUAAGAAAUGUAAUAGUGAAAUGAAUUUGCCACCUCCUCCACCAUUAGUAGUAAAAGCAAUGCCCGUUAGAUCAACAACAAAUAUAAAAAAUAAACAACCACCACCUCAAUUCUCAACUCCUCCUUUAUGUAAUGUAAUGAAUAAUGUAAUGUCAAAUAAAACCGCAUUUAAACCAUUCCCUUUAACAAAAACUACAGGUAUGGCUUUAAAUAAACAACCUCCACCACCCCCAUUAACAGUACCAUUCCAAUUUAAAUAA